ACUCGAUCCGCAUUGGGUUCCUUCAUUAACUGCCAAUUUCAGGCAAUCACCUUAUAUACAUAUAUCCUUCAUACAUUUCUUGCUCCCUCACUCCAAAUAUCCAUGCAGCAAGACCAACUUCUGUAGCCCUUAAAACACAUUGUGCAAAAAGAUAGUGCAGCAUUAUGGUGACUCGUCAAACUUUGAUCACCGCACUGUUCAUCAUGACUUUGGGUCUUGCAUGCGGGACACACUUCUCUGCUUCCUUUGUCAUCAAGGGCUCUGUUUCCUGCAUGGACUGUGUUUCCCAUCAUGAUAUCUCAGGAAUCAUGGUCUCGGUGAAGUGCGGUCAGGUAACGAAGUUGGCCACGGUGGCAUUAUCAAAACAGGACGGCAGCUUUGAGACAACUCUUGCUUCAAACCCACCGGUUUCCGCCGCCAGCUGCCAAGCAAAGAUUCUCGGAGGCGCCCAACAGCUAUAUGUUCAUAAGACAACCUCGGAGGCUAAGAUCGUCACAGCACUCGGGCACAGCCCGUAUACAACCUCGGAGCCGCUGAGGUUUUACACCGAAUGCCCGAACAAGAAAUGUGGAGCUCCCGCGGAUUUGGAGUUCGGGUCGUCAAAAACCAUUGAUCUGCCCAAGGAGUGGGGACUUGCUCCCACUAGCUAUUACAUGCCUUUCAUUCCUAUUAUUGGCAUACCCUAGCUAAUUAUGAUAUUAUUAUAAAUAAAUCCAUGUGUUUGUUGCUAAGAUGAAAUAAUUAAUCUGCUAUUUAGUAUGUAGUGCUGUUAAGGAAAAAGAAAAUGAUGAUAGGACACCAAAAAAAAUCAUAAUGAUUUAUUAUUUGUGAAACAUACUUCUAUUAUUGGUAGUAUAUCAGUAUAUGCGAGCUAUACUAUAUGCAUGUGUAGCUAGACAGUGUAGUGUCACAUGUCAGAAAUUAAGUCCUCCAAGGCUCCAAGUCUCCAACCUUCCCUUUGUGUCAUCAAUGUUAAGUUGUAUUUCUUAUUAAGCCUAUUGCUAAUUAGUUUCAUUGAAAUCAUUAAUUAUGAGUGUUUUUGUAAUUUUAGUAUAUUAUUCUAAAACUAUUAUUGUAUAUGCUCAAGAUAAUGACAACUUUAAU